AUGAAGAUAGAGGUGAUGAUAAAAGGGAAUUCUGAGGAGAUCUACAUACCUCUCAUCAAGGAGACAACGAUUGAAGACAUCAAAGAGCUGUCUGAAAUGGAGGCAUACGAUGAAGGGUUUGGGUUGAAUGCAUAUGCACAUGUAAAAAACUCAAGUGUAUGUUUAGGGUACAGCAGUAAGCUCUAUGAGAUGCAUAUAGUAAUAUUUCUUAAGAUUUUGGAUGAUGCAGACAUAAGCGAAGAGGUUAUUUCUGACAUAGGUACCAUAGAGCCCUGCACCCUUUCUGAAACUGGGGUCAUCAAUGCAUUUAUUGAAGCUCUGAUAUGGAGAAUUGAGAGGGGAGAGUGUUUGAGUAAGUAUGAGACAUUUAUAGAAAGGCUGUGUGGAAAAAUGACCAAUAGCCUUCUUUGUGAGAUUGGUCUUUGGAAGCAAGAAGAGGACAUAAUGAACAUAAAACUCGAUUUCUUACUUCUGUCACUGAGGCUUAUUGUAAUGAUGGUUGAGAGUAAGGCAAAAAAGGAAGGAGAGGUAAAGAAGAGGAGUAUAUUUGCAUUUGCGAAGGAGUACUUUUACAAGACAUUUGUUUUUCUCGGAGAGAUGAAGGGUUUAGAAGACGAUAUGACAUUUAUAUUUAAGUCUACCCUGGCCAUUGAUGCCUUAGUAACCAGGCAGGUGGUAAAUAGAGUAAGCGAAGUGUUUCCAAUUAUUGAAAGUCUCCCUAUUUCAGAAAGAAAUAUGUUCAGCAUACAUAUUCAAAUGGCAAGGAUAUGCCUAUACGAGGAUGAUGCGCUGUAUGAGUUGCUGUACUCUGUGUUCACAACUAAUUGCCUCAUUUCCCUGGGUAUGAAGUACAGAAAUGAAUUUAUUGGAGUUUUGAUAGAAAUGGUUGAGAAAGACGGAAGAGGCGAAAAUGAUAGGAGUGGGAACGUUAUAGAGACAUUUAGAAAGAUUUUUCACAGCCUCCGAGACUCAGAAUCGGAGAACAAAGGUGCAUUGGUGUGGAACUUCUUGAACUUCCUAUCGAAGCUCCGGAUAAAUGGAGACAUGGGAGAUAUGAACAGUAUUUUCCUGAAGUUUAUUGUGGGGUAUCCGGAAACCAUUGAUCUCUACUCGAACUUCAUUCUCAUCAAUGGAAUUGACUUUCCCCUCCAUAGUCUUCACGAAAUUUCUAGCUUUGGAUUUGUGAAAAGGUUCUAUUCUAUUCUAUUCAACAAGGUCCGCCAAGAAAAGCAUGAUAGGGCCCACGUGGAUAGGCUUAUUUCUGAUUUCCUCAAGUUUUUCCUGAGCACAAAGCACAAGGAACUCAUUGGUGUUCUUCCUCUUGUUCCGUAUAUCCCGGCGAAACGAGAGGUCCUUUAUGCUUUAUACGAGAUAUACUCCUUUCUCUUUGAAAAUGAAGCAAUUGAGCAUGUGGGCCUGUUUCUUCUCAAGACACCGGCGCUAGUUGGGAUAUCAUCGAGCAUUUACUAUAAUGUCGGAUACCUGAACCACUUAGCAUCGAGGCUGAAUCUUGUAAAUGUAGAGCCACGAAUGCUUGUGUUUCUUGGCAUUGUGUAUUAUUGCGAAUCGAAGAAGUUGCAUAACUUCAAUUACACAGGAAUACUGGAAUACAUACAGGACGAGGAUGGAAUAAGAAUGUCCAGAGAUGGGUUGAUCUCUGUUAUAGAGCUUAUCCACACUAACUACAUUAGCAGGUCUCACGAUUUUACACUUUCAUAUGUAAAUGCACUUCUGACCAUAGCACUCGAGUCAAAGACGGUAGAGACGACGCUAGUGAUGGUCGAGAUUAUUCUGAGAAAGAUUCUUGAAAAGGAGGACAAGAUAGUAUUCAUGAAGGAAAUUCAUCAAAGAUUUCAGGAGCUUUUUGUACUUCUCAGUACCAAAAGGUUUUUGAGUGACGACGUUAUUGAUUCAUACCGGAAACUGUACAAAGGAAUAUUGGCAAAAAUUAGAUGUGCACCGAACUUCUACAACUAUGUAGUGUUAUGCCUGGCAGACAUCUCUUUUUUUGAUGGAGAGUUUCCAAAAGGACAUUUCAAGUCAUUCAACGAGCUAUACAAUCAGACGCUGUCUAGGAUGGGCGUUGUGGAGGAGUUUCCAGACAUAUUUAUGGUUGAUCAUGGAUGGAACGCUUCGGAAAGCACAAGCGAAGUAGCCUCGAUGUCGUCUAUACACGGGCAAUGCAGAGCAAGCGGCACAGACUAUCGUUCUCUUAGAGAAAAAGAAGACAUAUCAAGGCAUAGAGAGGAGAAGUCGCAUAACAUGUAUAGCAUCAUCCAUACAGGUAUGAAUGAUAGUGUCGUGAGCUUGGAAAGCUCAACAGGAAACAUUUCGCUCCACAGCUCAUCACCUAUGCAUUCGGUAUCGCGUGACGUACGGAUGGAAAUAUUAGACGAGAACAUCAGAAAAAGAGAGAAAUCUGUCUCAUGGCUUAUUGAUGUAAUAUACACACGAAGAAGCCAAAGCUCAACAAUAAGAAUGGUUUUAGACCUUCUAAAGCUAAGGCUCAGGAAUAUGUUUGAAUACGAAGACCUUUAUAUCCUUCUAAAGGCCUACAACAUUCUAUCGAUAAGGGAAAACGACUCUGAGGAAUUCCUAAAGCACGCACUCCAUAGAGGGUUAGACUUCAAAACCGAUCCAGCCAUAUGCUAUAAACUGUCAUUGGAAACAAAUGGAUUUUACAGAUUUUUCUUCAGAGCACUCCACUUUGCAGUUUCUAAUUUCUCAAGUGGCGAAGAUCUUUCAUUUCCGGAAAGAGCCCAGUUAAUCUCCAGGUUUGACACGACUGACCUUAUACACAUACAAAAUACAUUCAAGCAAAAGAUGGUGCAGAGAUUCCUAGAGAGAUCUUCAAUUCCAUCUUACAGGUCCUACUUUUUCAACAUGGAAGCACUUGGAAUCAUCGACUGCCUCACAAUAAUCAGAAGAAUAGAUGAUGCGUCUCUUGUAUCAAAGGCCUUUGAGAAGCUUAAAGACUUCAAGGAUGAGAUGCAGUUUUAUGUUCCGCAGCUUGUUCAGAUGUUGAGACACAAAAGGGUGUUUGAAAUGGCAUUUUCAGCACUAAAAGAUCUGGCAAAGGAUAAAUAUGUUGCGCACCAGCUAAUUUGGAAUCUGAAGGCAAAUUUGUACGCAGACGGGAAAACAGACAAGGACGAGUGCUAUAGCACAUUCAUACGAUGUAUAGAAGAGAUUAUGGAAGAAAUGCCAGAAGAAAUCAGAAGUGUAUUUCUUAUAGAAGAAGAGUUUAUAGACAGUCUCACCAGGAUCUCCUCUGAGCUCAUUCCAUAUCUUAAGUCCUCGAAGGAUGAAAAGAGAAGGCGUAUAAACGAUCACCUCUCGAGGAUCAAGCUGCAUUCGGGUGUUUAUGUUCCGUUCUAUCCUGAGCUCAAAAUUGUCGAGAUUAUGACCGGAUCUACAAGAGCCCUCCAGAGCCAUGCUAAGGUUCCCUUCAUGGCUUCUUUCAGGGUUCAGGACCCAAAUGGCCAAAUAAGCAUUAAGCAACUAAUUUUCAAGUCUGGAGAUGAUUGUAGACAGGAUAUGCUGGCCCUUCAGAUAAUUUCGAUGUUCGAGUCGAUAUUCAAGCAGGCGAACCUGGACAUAUUCCUAUAUCCAUACCGGGUUAUGGCUACAUCCUCAGGAACUGGAAUUAUAGAAGUGAUCCCGAAUUCAAAGUCAAGAGACCAGAUAGGAAAAGAAAAUAUCAACAAUUUAUCUGAAUAUUUCGAAUACAAGUUUGGAUUCAAGGAAAGCGAAGGGUAUCUCACUGCAAUCUGUAAUUUUGCCUCCAGCCUUGCAGGAUACUCGCUAGUUGUAUAUUUUCUUAACAUUAAGGACAGGCACAAUGGAAAUAUAAUGAUAGAUGACCGGGGAAGGAUGAUACACAUAGACUUCGGGUAUAUGCUAGAGAUGUCACCGGGAAAUCUCAACAUAGAGGCACCUUUGAAAUUGACAAAAGAGAUUGAAGAGCUUCUUGGAGGCGUGUCUGGAAAGGGAUUUAAGAUCUACCAAGAUUUGAUGGUCAAGGGAUUUCUGGCCUUGAGGAGACGGAGCAAGGAUCUUGUUAUGAUGAUGGACUCCUUUGCAGACAGCAAGCUUCCCUGCUACAAGAAAAAUGCGGUGGAAAACUUUGUUCUGAGAUUCAGGCUAGAGUUGUCUGACAAAAAUGCAAGGAGAUUUGUGCUAUCGCUGAUAGCAGAGUCAUCACAGAAGUUCAGGACUUGGAUGUAUGAUCAAUACCAGAAGAUUACGAACAACAUUGCUUUCUAA